UUAAAAAACUAGGUUAGUGGUCCGACAGGCAUGACGGUGAAGAGAAACUGGGUCACCGAUCGAAAAUCGUUUAUGUCACACUUCUUUGGGUCUUUAUUACAUAUUACCAGAGGCUUUCAAUGGAUAGACAAAUCUCGUUGGACCUACAGUAUAGACAGGUUACACCAGCUGCUUAAGGACCAGAUCAUAUUGGGGCAGACUGACAACAUCAGACUGGAUGAAAGUAGGUCAGGCUGAAUCAAACCAGUCUCAGACCAGACCAGAUCACAACGGAGCAGACCAGACUGAUCCAGACAAAACCAGGCCCGUCCAGGAGACCUGUUCCAGUUUCCUAUCCAGUUGAGGGCUCAAGAGUGGAUGGAAGGAGAUGAUUUUAACACAGAGGCUGUGAUGAACAUCUGUGAUGACCUGAUGGCAGACCAACGGAUGGACAUCUCGUCUACAAUGACCGACUUCAUGUCCCCUGGCUCCACCGACCUCAUCUCCAGCUCCAUCAGCACACCUGGCAUGGACUAUACCCGCAAGAGGAAGGGCAGCACCACCGACUACCAAAUUGAUGGCUUCUCAUUUGAUGACAUGGACCCAGAUAAAGAUAAACUGGGAAGUGACCAACAAGGCCGGAUUAAGAAUGCCAGAGAAGCUCACAGCCAGAUCGAGAAGCGUCGAAGGGACAAGAUGAACAGCUUCAUCGACGAACUGGCGUCACUGGUGCCCACCUGUAACGCCAUGUCCCGCAAGCUAGACAAGCUGACGGUCCUGCGCAUGGCUGUCCAGCACAUGAAAACACUCAGAGGUGCAGCCAACCCUUACACAGAGGCCAACUACAAGCCCUCCUUCCUCUCAGACGAUGAGCUGAAGCACUUGAUACUAAGGGCUGCUGAUGGUUUCCUGUUUGUGGUUGGGUGUGACCGUGGAAAGAUACUUUUCGUUUCUGAGUCGGUGUACAAGAUUCUCAACUACAGUCAGAACGAUCUGAUUGGUCAGAGCUUGUUCGACUACCUUCACCCCAAGGACAUUGCCAAGGUGAAAGAGCAGCUGUCCUCUUCCGACACGGCCCCACGAGAGAGGCUCAUUGACGCUAAAACUGGCCUUCCGGUGAAGACAGACAUCACCCCCGGCCCAUCUCGACUCUGUUCUGGAGCCAGACGGUCGUUUUUCUGCAGGAUGAAGUGCAACAGGCCCUCUGUCAAAGUAGAGGACAAAGACUUUCCCUCCACCUGCUCUAAGAAAAAAGCGGACCGCAAGAGCUUCUGCACCAUCCACAGCACGGGCUACCUGAAGAGCUGGCCGCCCACCAAGAUGGGUCUCGACGAGGACAACGAGCCCGACAACGAGGGCUGCAACCUGAGCUGCUUGGUGGCCAUCGGCCGCCUGCACCCCCACAUCGUCCCCCAACCCAGCCUGGCAGACAUCAGGGUGAAGCCCACAGAGUAUGUGUCCCGGCACGCCAUCGACGGCAAAUUCGUCUUUGUUGACCAGAGAGCCACGGCCAUACUCGCCUACCUGCCCCAGGAGCUGCUGGGAACCUCUUUCUAUGAGUAUUUCCACCAAGACGACAUCGGCCACUUGGCAGAGUGCCACCGACAAGUGCUGCAGAUGAGAGAGAAAAUCAACACCAACUGUUACAAAUUCAAGAUCAAAGACGGCUCUUUUAUCACGCUGAGGAGCCGAUGGUUCAGCUUUAUGAACCCCUGGACCAAGGAGGUGGAGUACAUCGUCUCCACCAACACCGUUGUCUCGUGUCCCAUGAUGGAAGGAUCAGACUACCCUCAAUCUGCUGCCUCACCACAGAGCAUGGACAGUGUUCUCACCUCAGAGGGUGGCGGAAGGCGGGUGCUGCAGACGGUGCCCGGCAUCCCGGGUGGCACGAGAGCGGGAGCCGGCAAGAUUGGUCGAAUGAUUGCAGAGGAAGUCAUGGAGAUCCAGAGGAUUCGAGGCUCCUCCCCCUCCAGCUGUGGCUCCAGCCCUCUAAACAUCACCAGCACCCCUCCACCUGACACCUGCUCUCCAGGGGGCAAGAAGAUUCAGAAUGGAGGGACACCCGAGCUGCCGAGCACGGGGAUCAUUCCCGGACCUGAUUCUGUAGGCUACCCCUACUCCAACCAGUCCAUCAUGAGCGACAACUCCCACCUGAGCAUAGAUAUCAUGGACGACCCCGGUUCUAGCAGCCCCAGCAACGACGAGGCGGCCAUGGCGGUCAUCAUGUCCCUGCUGGAGGCGGACGCUGGCCUGGGCGGCCCCGUCGACUUCAGUGACCUGCCCUGGCCUUUGUGAGGAAUCUGGAAGGGAAGAGCCAGAGGGAGAGACAGAGACACUCCCCCUCCUCCUCCCCCUCCUCCUCCUCCUCCUCCUCCUCCUCCUUCUUCUCCAUCUCCUCCUCCUCUUAGCUCCAGAGCCACUGAUGGAAAGAGUUCAGUCAGGUCGAAUUCUGGCUGCCAUGUUACCUGCCCGCCAUAACUACAACUACACUGCAACACAUGUCCGUCUUAAAUGAUUGUUUUUUUUUUUUUUAACUGAAACGCUGUAGAUACCGAAGAUUUUUCUGAAAAGUAGUAAACAGGAGAUGAGAUGAGGCUCUCGCUGUCCGGAUUACACUCCUACUUCUUGAUUCAUCAUUCCCUGUAGGUGGACCCUGAAUUUCAUUUGGGCAAGCAGAAGGAUUUUUAUAUAACAAUUCUGCUCCAAAUGAUGUGUUAAGAUCUUCUUUUUUUGCAGUGUCAGUUGCCUGCAGAUGAGGCGUUCCCUAACGUUGCCACGGCGAGAGACCAUUUCUCUAACAGCAGUUCAGCUAAUGGAAUCUCAAGUUACAGGAACGCUAACAUGUCUGCUGAUGGACUGAACUCUGUCUAACAGUGGCUCUGGGUCCUGUCACCGGUCUGCAGCCAGCCCCGAACCAACACACGACUCCAGAGAUGUUCACGGACAGUGGGUCAAGUCUGAUGUGGGGUGGGGAGCGCUUGAUUUCUGCCUCCUGUCACAGCUCUCUCAUCAUCUCUAACUGUACGUUCAAGUCUGCUCGUAGGAUUUGGAGAUUUGCUUGGAAGAUUCUUUGAGGUUCUUUAUUCCCAAGCCACAGAAUUCCACAAGCAGAUACUUUAGUUCAUUUAAAUAAUUUCCUUAUUGAAAAAGCCACCUAGCUGCUGCUUCGUAAUUCCUAACUAAUUUUUCUCUAAGUUACCGUAAAGCUCUCUAAAUUAUCUUUUCCCAGAAAAGUAGAGCAGAUCCUGUGUUUUUCCUGAGUUGAAAACACAAAACACCCAAGCAGAGAGAACAUCAACACUGGCUGCAGCAUGAUGCACCACAAAUCAGUGCAGUCAAAUGUCCUGUGAGCUUGAACUGCCACGUUGGGCCCAUACAGCAUGUGAGUGCAUGUAACACUCAAACAUGAUUGAUUUGAUUCUGGAAGCCUUUCCAUUUUAUAUUGGAUCAUAAGUUUCUAACUGUCAAGGCAAACAUGUUCAUUGUUUGACAGCCAUUGCUUUUAUGUUUGAAAAUGUUUUCUUUCUUUUUCUUUUUUUUUUUGGCCAGUUUUGUCACAUGACCCGCAAUUCUGACUGCGACCACUACGCCACAACCACCUCACAGCCUAGCACUGUUACUGCGGGGGCCAAGCUGUGUCUCAAUCCCACACUUCGCACUAAUUCUGAGCAGGUUUUCACUAUGUAGUGUUUUCACACUGAAAAAGUGACCAAACAGACCUGCGACCUGCUGAUUUCUCACCCAGUGCACGCUGGCAUAGGCUGCAGUCCCCAGUGGGUGGAUGGACUUCACAGUCCACACUCUGUGUGCCUCAAAAAGGAAAAAAAAUCAAUUAAAAGAAAAAAAAAAAUACACACACAUUUUGAUGAUGAUUAUGGUGCACCAUGUACUCAUCUCCUCUGGAGAAAAGGAGGUUAGCUGAAUGUGGUGGCAGCGGCAGUGUGCAGGUGUGUGUUGAUGUCUCUGCACAUAUUUUCCAGUCUCAGAAGAGAGCAGUUCGUCAGCACGUUCUUCACUGCCAUUGUACCGAGGCAUGCAGCUCACACACGCCUCUGUACGCUUAAACGUAUUCAACAUCAGCCUGGUGGUCUGGGUCAUAGGGUCUCCACCUGCCUAUCUUCUCUCAGCGCAGACCCCAUGUGAAGCACCUCAGAUGCAGUUAGACUGUCUGUCACUAACAACAGCGGGGCUGCCUUCGGAUCAGAAUUCUGAUUCAGUCCUGAGAACAUAAUUCUUUGCCUUUGUGAUUUGAAUAUUUAAAAAUGGACCUAACAUGUCUGUCGUCCGUACCUGGGCUUGAAUUUAGGAGCAGCCCCUCUUCUAACAUGUUUAGCUGGAGUUGGGAGAAGUUAAAGAAAAAAAAAUACCUCUAAGUUGAAUUCUGCUGCAAAUACAACAGAUGUGGACUUUAAAGAAAUACUCACUCAUAAAUUUGAUUGUUUAGCACUUGAUCAUACACAGAUGUGCUGUGGCUGCACAGAACUGUCAAUGCAAACUACCUUAUUAGCAGAGAGGGCUAUAAAGUAGACAGGGGGCUCAGUAUAGAAACAGAUAGACGUCAUAGAGGUGGAGGCGACGGGGAUCCAGCAGAGUAGGACUUUGUAACGGGACAACAGGACCUUCUCUAAUCAUGUCCUGUGACAAUAAACAGGGUCAGGAGGGACAGCCAGGAACGCCUGAAUGGAAUUCUUCAUUUCAGUGUCCGUUUUCCCUCAAUGAUAAUAAAUAUCCUCAAGACGACCUCCUCACCUCACUGGCUCUCUGCUGCUCACAGACCGUUUGUUGUCAGAGUGUGAUUAGAGGUGGACACGUUGGGAGGGGUCUGAACAGUGCUGCUGUCUGCCUACAUGGAAAGAAAUGGAAUUUGGCCACAAUACAUUUCAAGUGCAUUUGAUGCAUUUGAUGAGUGUUGGCUGCAUUUGUAAAAGUAAUUUUAUCUAAAGCUAAUAUAUAUAAUAUAUAUUCUCAAAUAUAGAGAAAUAGAAUGAAAUGUUAAUAUACCUUACAUUUCUCAAAUGCUUUUGAAAAAGGUCAACAACACCUUUGUUGUGCAUUUUUGAAACAAUAAGAUAACGUGGAAUAUGUAGAAAAUGCAUUUUAGAUGCGUUGUUGAUACAUUUCACGUGGUAUUACGUAUUUGUAUGUAUUUUGCAGCAUUUCUAAAGUGUGCACUACAUUGUUAGUCCGUUUGUGCCUCUUAUGUAUUAUCAUUACAUCCAAGUCACUGAGCUUAGCAUUAGUUUUUCUGAAAGACGAAUCAACAGCCCAGAAGGUCGACACUGUUGAGAAUCACUGUUAUGAAAGCCUUUCUGGAAUCUAGAAGACUCUUCUAGCCAUCUGAAAGAAUAAAUGAUUUUUAAAAAGAUUUGUACUUCAUUUAGCAGAUUGUGACUGAAAACAAUGUGACUCUUAGUUUGUUUAGUACUGUACAAGAAAAAUAAAAAAACCUUAUAGAAAAUGCAAUGAGUUCCUACAUGAACGCAAAAUUUUAGUGCCAAAGUUAGAGCAUUUUCGGUUUUCUCUCUGGUUUGAAAUGUGUGGAGCUCAGCUGGAAAAAGGUGAUGUCACUUACUCCUGUGCACCAAUCAGGAUUUGGCAAAAUGACCCAGAAUCUGUUGAGUUGGCUAUUCACUCACUCUCGGUAAAAAAAGACCUUUCAAACGAUGUUAAUUCAUGAGUGGUACAAACGGGGCAAACAUGUUUUCUUUUCAUAUGGGCAGAAAGUUUUUAAUGUCUGACUAAUAUUUGGCAUCCCUUUUAAGAUGAGUCUAACUGGGGAUGCCAAAUGGUGCAUGUGGCAGCACUGCAGCAGUUCCUGUGUCACCGAUCUGUGUAAAUCCCUUGGUCAGUGUACAUUUGGGUUGAAACAGCACCAUGCACAGGACAUUACCUGUAGUGCUCAGGCUCCGCCCCCCUCCUGCCCGCCUCUAAUCACUGAGCAGCUGUUGAGGUCCCUUCUGUAUCUAUUCUAGUGGUUUUCUGUUUCAAUGUUUUUACGCUACACACUACAAUAAAGUGUCCCUCUUGUUGAUAUACCCUUCCCCACCUGACAAUAAUGUAUCAAAUCUUUAAAUAUUAUCAUGUUAAGAGUAUACUUUAUGCAAAUAUAUAUGAGUAUGAUGAGUGUAUUGUAUGUAUCAGCAGUGAAAUAUUUUUAAAAUAAAAUUAUUUGUUUCUGUCA